CCCGAAGACAGUCAGUCACUAAUCACUUGUCAUCAUCCAAAAUCCAAAUCCAAUCCUAAUCCUAAUCAUACCUGCAACCACAGUCUUCAUCUUAAGGUCUGAGCAAGCCAAAGAUAGGACCAGGUUUCUUUUUCCAAGAUACGAGCUUUAUAAUGGCGUCGUUUCCUCUUCAUCGUGAACUCCCUUGUAAAGAUCAUGUUUCUCAGCAUGGAACUUCAGGACGACAGAGCAGAGGAGAAGUGUUGUUUGCAUCGGAUGGUCCAAGACGUUUUCCGUCUGGCAGAACCUUCCCAUGUCCGGCUUUGGGCGUGUUGAUGAAGGCAGAGGUUACCAGCAGUAUCACUAGUGGUCUGAAACAUAGAACAGCAGCUCUGGGGAGGGAUUGUAUGAGAUCGAACCCGUGUUCAAGAGGAAAGCUUUGCUUGGUUAGGGCAUCAUCAGAGACCAAGACUAUCAAAAAGAGACUUCAACUGUUGGAUUCUUACUUUGAGAAAGUUCAAAGCAACGAUGAGAAGCCUUCUAUCUCCGUGGGGCAUGAAAUCAAUCGGGAAGCUGAACUCAGUGCAGAGAAGGAAUUAGAAUCUUUGAACAUUUAUCUUGAAAAACAACAAAAAGAUGCGAUGGUUAAACGAGAAGAGAGCUCAGUAGCAAGCAAAUUGAGAAAGUCUGAUAUCGAAAGUAAUAAUGAUGGAGAAGAUCCAUUGAACUUCUAUGCUGUGAGCAUAUUGGCAUCCAUAAACGUUGGAGUGUGUCUGUUUGAAGCGGCGGCUCCGGUGAGGAACAAUGAUAUGGGACUCUUAUCCCUACCGCUGUUAUAUGGAGCAAAGAUAAACGAUCUAAUCGUGGCUGGCGAAUGGUGGAGGCUGGUCACGCCCAUGUUUCUGCACUCUGGAAUCCCUCAUGUAGCCCUUAGCUCAUGGGCUCUGCUUACCUUUGGACCAAGAGUCUGCCGUGACUAUGGGCUACUCACGUUCUGUCUCAUUUGUAUUCUGGGAGGAGUCUCUGGUAAUUUCAUGAGCUUCCUUCAUACACCAGAUCCUACAGUUGGAGGAACUGGACCAGCAUUUGCUUUAAUAGGGGCUUGGCUUGUUGACCAAUCUCAGAACAAGGAGAUGAUCAAAAGAGAAGAGUACGAAGACUUGUUUCAGAAGGCCAUUAUAAUGACAGGGCUUGGUCUCAUACUAAGCCAUUUCGGUCCAAUAGAUGACUGGACAAAUCUUGGAGCACUUGUAGCUGGGGUUGUGUACGGAUUCUUCACUUGUCCGGUGUUUCAACUUGGAAGUGGAAGUGAAGGGAUUAUGACGGUUGGGGCAGAGAAACAGAACAGCGCGGACCCGUGUAAAUCGUUUCUGAUUUUCACAAUCUUUGUCGCGGUUCUUGUGACUUGUGUGCUAGUCCUUGGGGAUGGACCAUUGACCUUCCCUACGUAUGAUGAUGUUGUCUACUCUCUCAUCUAGUGCAUCAUCAUCGUCAAGACAUCAACUAUAUAAGCAGACUUGUGUGUGUGUGUAGUGGAAAGUUAAAUUCUAGUAGUCUAGUACUGAUAAACGAGGAGAGUAGUUUGGUUUGGGGGUAUAGCAAACUGAGAAAACUGUACUAAACUCUUAUAGCUGAAGUCUUUUCUUAAAAGUUUAAAGCAACCA